CUUGGUGCCGAGUGGGUCGUCGGCAGCUCUCUGCGCCAGCCAGCUUUUCCGUUCUGUACCGAGGGGGUCCUCCUUCAUUCUGAUUCGCCCAGGGAGCUGAUUCGGCCGAAACGAUAAUGCUGCUUGACAGUUCAUUGCUCUUGACUCUGCGUAUCUGACGUUGGUUUAAGAGAAAUGUUCCUCUUUAAAAGCUAACCAAACUAAGUAUGUCUUAGACCGAAAAAUUUCUCGUUCGAAGAGAGUAGUGUGUUUGUGCAAAACUUGAAAUGUCCCUUGGAAAGUACAAUUGGGAAGGAUGAAUCCGUUUGCGAAGAAUGACUGAGGUCUCGUCGCUGUGAAUAGGACGAUAAUAUAUCAAGAUGAGCUUUGGUUUGCACUUAGAAAUUUUGGGAAAGAGGCAGAUUUUCGUUUGAGCAUUUCUCGAUAAAGGUUCUCUGAGGGAAGAUAAAGUGCAGGGAGAGAGAUUCCCGACGGAGCAAAAUUAACGAGGGAAGAAUUUCCAUCGUGGUCCCUUUUGGUCUGACGAAAUUCCAGAGGACUGGCUGCUCGUUGAUACUUCGCGUGUGUACCCAGAUGGCAUGACAAAGAAUCGUAGAGCAGUUGAUUAAUCUCUAUUCAAAAGAAAGAAAAAAAGAAUUACUAUAUUAAACCAGAUAGUGGCUUUUAUUUUUCUCUACUUGACACUCCGUUGAAUCGCUUCGCAAAUUGUUCAGGCUAAAGUGAACUUGGUUGAAGCUUCAGUUGGCAGAAUCGAUUACAAUAUUUCUGUGCUCUUAACCUCAACUAACUAAGAGGCAGAGAGAGAGAGAGAGAGGUUCCUUGCCUUCUUUUUCUUCCUGCAUGAAUUUAAAUCUCACGGAAAUUUGAAACGGAUUAUACAAGGUGUGGUGAGUAAGACCUUAAAAAGUUAAAUAUUAAUUUCUAAACCUUUACAGCAUUACUCUUGUUUCUUGACUUAUCAGGAGAGUUCCUUGAUAUUGAUAAUGAAGUAGGAAAAUUUCAUACAAAUGUGCAAAAUACGUUGAAAUUAACGUACAAGAAAUACAAGUAUAAAUUUUGUCAAUGUUAAGAAAAACGUAUCGAUAACAUAUUGUUAGAUACCGCAGAAUACAAAAGUAAAAAAAACAAAGCAGGGAAUUGUGAGAAAACAGAAAAUACAGAUUCCAGAAACAUUCAUUCAUUCCUUUCGUGAAGAACGCGGCUCCUCAAGACCGAAGAAGUAACACCUUUGCAUCUUAGGAAGAAAAGACCAGAAAGAGACCAAAGACGGGAAAAAAUGUGGUGUCGAUUUAAGAUCGAAGUUUCUCUCUUGGGAGUCUCUAUCAUCUUGUCUCUUCUGCCUCUCAGCUGCGGAGAGGCCUACGCCCUUCCCCAGAGAGGCGCCGAAGGGAUCCUGGAAAGGGUUCCCCCGUCGCGUCCGGAGCCCAUGUGGGACCAGCCCCUGCUGAAGCCUUACUUCGACAACUCCACCAGAGGAAGCGUCAUUGGAGCCGUGGGCCGAACUGUCUUCCUCCACUGCAGGGUCAAACAUUUAGGAGACAGAGCAGUGACCUGGAUUCGGAAACAAGACGUCCACGUUCUGACAGUCGGUCUGUUUACUUACACGACAGACGACCGGUUCACGGCGCUCCACUCGGAAGGUUCAGAUGACUGGACUCUCCGCAUAUCAUCAGCCCAGGUGUCCGACUCAGGCACUUAUGAGUGCCAGGUCUCUACUGAACCGAAAAUCUCAAGGUCCUUCAAGCUACAAGUGGUCGAGGCCGAGGCUCACAUCAGCGGUCCUCGAGAGAUCCACAUGGUCAGCGGGAGCAACAUCAACCUCACCUGCUCAGUCACGGGAAGUCCGGAGCCUCCCCAGUACAUGUACUGGUUCAGGGGCACAACGCUCAUCAACUACAGCUCAAGGGGGGGAAUCAGCGUCGUCACCGACAAGCACUCGAGGACGUCGCGACUUGUCGUCACCAGGGCCACCAUAGGGGACUCCGGCAACUAUACUUGCGCCCCGGCCAAUGCUGAACCUGCCUCUGUCAGUGUUUACAUUCUGAAUGGCGAGCACCCGGAAGCGAUGCAAGGAGGAGAGAGCACGAGCGUUCACUGCCAGUCCUUCGUGUGUUUGUUGGUUCUCGGCUUCUGCAUCUUCAGAUUCCACGCCCUGACGGCCAGAUAGUCGCUGCGGGCCACAUUCAUGCAUCAUUAUUCAGUUGCAUUGUAGAAAGAAAUAAUAAUAGCGGCAUGAGAAAGGACUGGUAGAAGAGUAAUAUCUACAUCCUCAUGUUCACUGACGAUAGGUUUUGCUAUUGAAGAUCUUUUAGAUAAAGUCCUGUUAUUUUUAUUGGCUUGAAUAAAGUCGAGUAAAGAGUAAAUAAAGGGAAGCUUCGUUUCUCAAUCAUUUUGCAUCGUAUUUUCUUGCAUUUACUUUGUAUAUCUGGAUGUGUUGCUAAAGUAUGUUCGUGUAUACAUUUAUAAAUGUAUGCAGCUGUGUGCCUGAAUAUUAAUGAAUCUUUUUUACAAGUAAUUCUGAUUUCA